CGCCGGGGACCGUGUGAGGAGGAAGAGGAGGCGGCGCCGCCGCGAGCGCGGCCCUCGCUGCCCCCGCCGCCAUGGGGAACCGCGGCAUGGAGGAGCUCAUCCCGCUCGUGAACAAGCUGCAGGACGCGUUCAGCUCCAUCGGGCAGAGCUGCCACCUCGACCUGCCGCAGAUCGCCGUGGUGGGCGGGCAGAGCGCGGGCAAGAGCUCCGUGCUCGAGAACUUCGUGGGCCGGGACUUCCUCCCCCGAGGCUCGGGAAUCGUCACGCGGCGGCCGCUCAUCCUGCAGCUCAUCUUCUCCAAGACAGAAUACGCCGAAUUCUUGCACUGCAAAUCCAAAAAGUUCACGGAUUUCGAUGAGGUGCGGCAGGAGAUCGAGGCGGAGACGGACAGAGUCACCGGCACCAACAAGGGCAUCUCCCCGGUCCCCAUCAACCUCCGCGUCUACUCGCCGCACGUGCUGAACCUGACGCUCAUCGACCUGCCGGGCAUCACCAAGGUGCCGGUGGGYGACCAGCCGCAGGACAUCGAGUACCAGAUCAAGGACAUGAUCAUGCAGUUCAUCAGCAGGGAGAGCAGCCUCAUCCUGGCCGUGACGCCCGCCAACAUGGACCUGGCCAACUCGGACGCCCUCAAGAUGGCCAAAGAAGUUGAUCCUCAAGGUUUGCGGACCAUCGGAGUGAUCACCAAGCUGGAUCUCAUGGAUGAAGGCACCGAUGCCCGGGAUGUGCUGGAGAACAAGCUGCUUCCUUUGCGGAGAGGCUACAUCGGCGUCGUGAACCGGAGCCAGAAGGACAUCGACGGCAAGAAGGACAUCCGCGCGGCGCUGGCGGCCGAGCGCAAGUUCUUCCUCUCGCACCCGGCCUACAGGCACAUGGCCGACCGCAUGGGCACCCCGCACCUGCAGAAGGUCCUCAACCAGCAACUGACCAACCACAUUCGGGAGACGCUGCCCUCGCUGCGCAGCAAGCUCCAGAGCCAGCUGCUCUCCCUGGAGAAGGAGGUCGAGGAAUACAAGAACUUCCGUCCCGAUGACCCCACGCGGAAAACCAAAGCCUUGUUACAGAUGGUGCAGCAGUUCGGCGUGGACUUUGAGAAGCGGAUCGAGGGCUCGGGAGACCAGGUGGACACGCUCGAGCUCUCCGGGGGUGCCAGGAUCAAUCGCAUCUUCCACGAGAGGUUUCCCUUCGAGCUCGUGAAGAUGGAGUUCGACGAGAAGGAUUUGAGGCGGGAAAUAAGCUAUGCAAUUAAAAACAUCCACGGGGUGAGGACGGGGCUCUUCACGCCCGACAUGGCCUUUGAGGCCAUAGUGAAAAAACAGAUUGCAAAGCUCAGAGAGCCCAGCCUGAAGUGCGUUGAGCUGGUGCUCUCCGAGCUGGCCACGGUCAUUAAAAAGUGUGCCGAGAAGCUCGGUUCCUACCCCAGGUUACGGGAGGAGACGGAGAGGAUCGUGACCACUCACAUCAGGGAGCGGGAGGGCAAGACGAAGGACCAGAUCCUGCUGCUCAUCGACAUCGAGCUCUCCUACAUCAACACCAACCACGAGGACUUCAUCGGCUUUGCCAACGCCCAGCAGCGGAACACGCAGACCAACAAGAAAAGGGCCAUUCCCAACCAGGGUGAGAUCCUGGUGAUCCGCAGGGGCUGGCUCACCAUCAACAACAUCAGCAUCAUGAAGGGCGGCUCCAAGGAAUACUGGUUCGUGCUCACGGCCGAGUCCCUCUCCUGGUACAAGGAUGAGGAGGAGAAGGAGAAGAAAUACAUGUUGCCUCUGGAUAACUUGAAAAUCCGGGAUGUGGAGAAGGGAUUCAUGUCCAAUAAGCACGUCUUUGCCAUCUUCAACACGGAGCAGCGGAACGUGUACAAGGAUCUCCGUCAGAUCGAGCUGGCCUGCGACUCCCAGGAGGACGUGGACAGCUGGAAAGCCUCCUUCCUCCGAGCGGGAGUUUACCCGGAGAAAGACCAAACGGAGAACGAGGACGGCGCCCAGGAGAACACCUUCUCCAUGGACCCGCAGCUGGAGCGCCAGGUGGAGACCAUCCGCAACCUCGUCGACUCCUACGUGGGCAUCAUCAACAAGUCCAUCCGGGACCUCAUGCCAAAGACCAUCAUGCACCUCAUGAUCAACAACACCAAGGAUUUCAUCCACUCGGAGCUGCUGGCCUACCUGUACUCGUCGGGCGACCAGGGCAGCCUCAUGGAGGAGUCGGCGGAGCAGGCGCAGCGGCGCGACGAGCUGCUGCGCAUGUACCACGCGCUCAAGGAGGCGCUGCUCAUCAUCGGCGACAUCAGCACGAGCACCGUGUCCACGCCGGUGCCGCCGCCCGUCGACGACACGUGGCUGCAGCCCGGCGCCGGGCACAGGUGGGAGCCGCCGGCGGAGCGGAGCCGGCGCGGGGAUUGGGGGGAGGCUCCGCGCGGAGCGGCGGCGCUCCCAGGGGGUGGGGUGGCCUCCUUCGCCGCCCCCCCCGUGCCCCUGCGCCCGGCGCCGCAGAGCGUCUUCAACAGCGACCCCUUCGCAGCACCCCCGCAGAUCCCCACGCGCCCGGCGCGCAUCCCGCCCGGAAUCCCGCCCGGCGUGCCCAGCAGGAGACCCCCCGCGGCGCCGACCCGACCCACGAUCAUCCGCCCGGCCGAGCCCUCCCUGCUGGAUUAACCGCCCGGGGGGGCCGCGGCGGCCGCCCCCGCUCCGGAGCAGGGAGAAGGGCAGGAUCCGCCGCGGCUCCGCUCCCCCAGCCCAGGGAGCCGCCGGAUCGCCCCUGCAGGAUCAUGGAUUGGGUGGGGGGAGCGGGGGGGGCUGAACAUUGCACUUUGUCCCCCCUUGUCCCCAUCCUGCAAGGAGCAGCCUCGGAGCGGCCGCGGAGGCCGAGCCCCUUCCUGCCUCUUCCUCCCCCCGCCAGAAUUUUUUAUUAAUAUAUACUAUAUGAAACAUAGUGAUUUUUGGUUUCCGCCCCCAUUCGAUUGCUAAUCUGCCCAUAGUCUUUCACUUUUUAUAGCUUGGAGGGAAAAAAMCAGAGAUUUAUGCCCAGAACGGGCCGGGAACGCAGCUCGCGCCGCGCUCAUCACUCUAAUCCGCGGCCCGCGCGCGGGAGCCUCCGGCCCCACGCCCUCCUCAGGUAUCCCGGUGCCGGCCCGGCCUUCCCGGCGGAGUCUCCCGGCUCCCCCGGGCAGCAGACGCUGUAAAUAUUUUUAAAGACUUGUGAUAAUUGUAUAGAAAAAUACGCAGAAAAACAAAAAAGACAAAAAAAAAAAAAGAGAGAAGUAGGUUUUGAAGAACAGGGACCGCAGCCCUGGGCCGGGGAGGGGGCUGCGGCCCGGCCUGCCUUAACUCUGCCCCCGUUCCCAGAGGCUUUUCCGUAGGGAUCCGCUCCUGUGCGGGCGGAUCCGGUGGGAGCAGGGGCAGCCUCUCCCCCCGCCCCCUGUGCCAUGGAUGAAAUGAGAGCAGCUCCAGCCCCUUCCCU